AUGCAGCUGUUAAAGUUGCUGCCUUUCAUUUCCCAGCUAGCAGCUUUGAUUCUUAAGUAAGUAUGACUGAGAAUGUGCGUUUAUCAUCGUGCACAUGGCCGCGGGGAAUUUAUUUACUUUAUUAAUAUUUACCUUUUCCUAUUUUUUUCUUUAAUACAGAGCUACCUGUGAUCCGGUGAACCUUGUCUUUUUGAACAACGGUCAUUCCCUAAAGCUCAACAAACAUCAAGUAAGAUUAUUGCUUUGUUGGCUAGUACUUAUUUUCCCCUAGAAUUGCGAGGAUUCUUUCAGUAGCCAGAGAUAUGUUCUAAAAUUUAUAUGUAGAUGAUACAAGAUACUACAGUUUUCAUCUCGCGGUACGUGAUCUUUUCUUGGUACCAGCCAUCAUUUUCUUAUCUCUGAUCAGUUAUCUUUUUUAUUCAGGGAAAAAAAAAUUAAUAUAAAGUGUUAUAUAUAUGCUUCAUUGCAAUUUUGAAUAAUUUUACCAGAAAUGUCAAUAAAGGAAAAUAAAACAACGUGGGGGAAUUUGUGAAAAUGCCGUAAUAAAUGGAGACUAAGACCUCACAUCCCCACUCAUGCUAUGGAUAUCGGGACAAGAACUAGCAAAGCCUAAACGUCAGAACAACAAACUUUCACGGGCUAUGGACCAGUUUCUAAGAAGCUUCAGAGAGGAGUAGAUUAUCUAGACUAGCGACACAGUUUCCUCGUAAAUAACGUGAGAUGAAGUUUUCAUCUAGCUUGCAAAGGUUACGGAGGUUGACUUGCAGCUCGUUCGCAAAAAAAAUCUAAAAUAAUAAUAAAACACUGCAGGAUUCUCUCAGUUUUAUUGUUCUGCGGUAGCGAGUUACAAGGUUUUGAAUGAGGGUACCUCUAUAACACUAAAAACUUUUGGCUCUGUAACAUGAAUAAAGUAAAUUCUCCAAAAAAUGUUUCCAGAAAAACAACAAAAAACAGGCUCAAAAAGGCCAACAUCAAGACGGAAUCCAUCAGGAAACUGAUUAAUUUUAGGUGGACAAAAACCUUGUACCAGAAUAAUUUAAAGAAUAUUGCAAUCUUUUUUACAUUUUUCAAGGGCUAUAGAUGUAAUUAGUUAUCCGUAAUAACACCAAAGGAAAUUUCUUAAGAGAGCCCGAGAAAUUUCCAGAAUUUUACCUGUGUUUUCACAAUUCUUGUGAAAUUUGAAAUUUAUUUUCUCGGGCUUCCAUGAGAAAUAGUCUUUAGUGUGUUAUUACAGAUAACUAAUUACACCUAUAGCCUUUAUAUAUUGUUUAAAUUAUUCUGGUACAAGGUUUUUGUCUACUGAAAAUUGAAAUUUCUCAAUUUCUUCGGUGGAGUUUGUCUUAAUUUGUUUAGCAUAUCAAGGAGUUUUCGACCAUUUCUGACAAUCGCUAUUAUUUCGGAAGAUUUCCGACAGAAGACUGCAGAAGAUGUCGAAGACUACCAAAGAUUUCCUAGGAGAAACCUGAAAAUAUAUUGUCGACUCGUUGUUAUAUUCAGCUGGUCAAAUGAAGUGAACUCCACACCGCCUCUAUAAAAGCUCAAUAGAACUUUGAUCAAAAAGCCUAAAAAUGGUGCUUUUCCCCAAUUUUCUUUUCCCGAUUUGGCAAUUUAUAGCCUGAUUUGGUUGCUUUGUGCUCAAAAGUGGAUUUUCCCAGGAAACGUUUCUUAACAACACCUAAUGAAAGUCCUUUUGAUGCCGCCAUGAUGUUUUGAUCGCAUACAGUUGGUAUGAGAUUGGUCCUAGUACUCCCCAGCUUUCCCAGAAUACUGUACUGUUGCUCAUUGGUCGAAAAAAGAGACUUGUAACAGCCCUUGACACAGCUAGGCUCAAAGUUCAUGAGUGAUUUUAUUACCGAUUUUCCAAGAGCAGAUAAGAAUUGUUAAAAGACUAUGAAAAAACCCUCCAAACAAUUAACAGUAUUUUCUCGGGAAACAGUAAACAAAUAAAAAUUGGCCAAUCUAACAGCAAACCGGCUAAAAGUUAUGGGCAAAUAACACUUAACACUAAACCUCACUAACACUCGUUUUUCGGCCGACUAUCAACUUUCGCAAAUUCUGUUUCCUUAACAACAUUUCAGUGCUGAAAAUAGUCUUAGAAAUCCCAGUUGCGUCCGAAAUCCAUUUUUUUGAACCCUUCCGCUUGAAAUAUACUGAAUUAAAAGCAUAGGGAAAUGUAUUUAGGAAAAUCAAAGUUUCUGUAAGUAACAACGCGUAUAGUUAAAUUUUGAGGAUUGUCGAGAAACCAGAUCCCACCGUUAAAUCCUCCGACGAAUUCAAUGCCUUGAAAUAAAGUGCCCGUACCUGAACCAAAUGCAACCUCAACAUUUUUUCGAGAAGUAAGCGGCAAUGCGCCAAUAGUGGAUCAAGAAACAGCCAUGCUUCGUUGUAUCAUGGCAAAUUACAAGAAGCCGAUUAUUAUAAAUAACCCAAUCCGAAACACAGGAAAACCACGCUCUGUUCCUACUAUCGAGGUCAGUCUCUUGUCUUACUGUAAUCGAACUCCAUCUAUUGUAGAAUGUUCGUGUUGAAGAAGUCACAGCCCCCUGCAACCCUGAAAACAAGGGAUUACUUCGUAUGGCAAACCGGCACUUGGAGUUCUGUAACGGAAAAUCCUGGGUGCGACUAUCAGAUGUAACAGGCCCAGUAACAGGUCAGUGUAACAACAGUCCAAGUUAAGCUUAACUGGAAGGGGGCAGACAGCAAAUUGUUAUUGCUCGAAAAACCUAUAUAUCAUCUGUUUUUGGUAUCGUCAAUCAGACACCAUCCUCAUGCACAUGUAUUUUUUAGGAAAGAGCUGUCUUGAUAUCAAGAAUCGAGGUCAGUCUCGGGGAGAUGGUAUAUACCGGUUGGACCCAGAUGGUGGAACGCAUUCAAACGCGUUCCUAGCUUACUGUGACAUGACGUCAUACAACGGAGGAUGGACCAUGUGUUACACUACUGAUGAAUACGCCAAACCCAAGACUGAAGUCAAGUACAAUUCCAAUCUUUCUUUUGGGACUGACGGGUACAGGACUGACUGCAACAACAUCCCAGUAAGUCUAUUGGCUUCUAAAUGUACUCUGAAACUGCAACAAUAGCAACAUUUGUGGCUUAAUAAAGUGUGAGGCUGCAAAAACAAUGAUAAAUUGUAACGUGUUGGUGACAUCCGACCUGAUCAGAGAUCAAAUAAUUUGAAAGGUCCACGGCUGGAUUACAAUUACUCAGUUUCUAUUAAGAAUCAUUUCAGUCGUGAAGACUUUCAGGACUUUCUAACAGAAAUAAUAAUAAUAAUAAUAAUAAUAAUAAUAAUUCUUAGUGGAUUUGUUUGUAUUUUUGUUAGUUCACUGAAAUCAUCUUCAUUGAUCACCAAAGUGGAAACAAGGCCUACUUCAAACGCAAAGUCAAUCAUCCCAUAACAGCUGCUGGAAACUAUGGAAAGCGCGCAAGUGCCUACGGAUUGUGGACAGGUGUUGGAACUAUGAAUAGUGGCUACACCUACCAGCUGCUAAUCUGUGAUCAUUCUUUCUACACCGGGUUUUUUGUUUCCGGUUACACCAACUGUUACAAGCUUUGUAACAACUGGUGUGGUGAUACCAAAUCGCCUUAUUUCCGCACAGCUUCUACAAAUAGCGGGUAUAAGGGUGUGGCCUUCAAUAUCAAUGGUCACCGAUCCGUCAGCACUCGACUGGUGAGUGUCGGUCUGCGUUAAGAUGGCAGCUCUGCCGACAAUUUCGUCUGAACAUAUUAAAGGCGUUGAUUUAGGUAAAACGGGCUGUGUUGUUUUAAACUAAGAGAUUUAAAAAGAGCGAUAAGUAAAUUAAAAUCAUUCAGACCCAGCUAGUUGCAGUCGUAAGUUAAUUUUGCUGAGAGGCUAAGUGCUUUUUGUAAUAACAAAUGGAUUAUAUAAGCAAAAUACAUAAUGUAAACAAGAGGGCAUUACUGUAUUUGGAAAUAG